AUGUUCAUGACGAAUUGGGAUCAGCAAGAUGAAGCGAUCAAAUGUUCUACCGAUGUGGAUCGUGAAGACGCCCGGUUUAAGUUAACGGAGUGCGCACUUAGGUGGUCUCCAAAAUGCCAUCCUGCCGUACAUGCGGAUGCUGUGGCAACAGGCCACUACGCACAAAAUUCAUAUGGUAAUUUCCUUGAAGAUCGAGCCAUCCUCUCGUCACCACCCAAACUUUUGAGAUCGGUCGACCCUGUCAAAGAUCAAACAUUUUGGCUUUGUAAUAUAUCAUGGAGACAUUUACAACAUUGCAUGUUUCCUGUGGGCAAUCUUAUGAAGUCAAGAGUGAAGGAGAUUGCCGCAUCUGUUGGUCUUGAGCGAAUCGCGAAAAGAAAGGAGAGUAUGGGAAUAUGUUUUAUUGGAAAGCGAAACUUCUGUGAUUUCAUCGAUAAGGAAAGCGUUCGCAAGUUUCGUGAGGAGACUGAAAAGCUUGAGAAGUCAAAGGAGGUUCAAUCGAUGCGGGAAUUCUAUAAAAAAAUUGAGAGUGAGAUUCCUUUGGAUGCGGUGGAGAAGGUUCGAGACCAUCUUGAAUCAGCUGCUAAGAGAAUCCGAACUGAAGGGGAGAACUGGAAGAAGCAAGAGUAUGUUCGUAAGGGCUUAGAAGGCAUCUCGAAAGCUAGCGAACAGCUUGUGGAUGUGUCUCGAUCUAUUGGAAAGACCGAGUUUGUUAAAUCGGCAAGGGAGACUCUGGAAGCAUUGGAAAAGGAAUUACAGUCUGACCGUGCCCUGGUUUACCGUGCUCCAGAUAGACCCAGAACUAGAGCCGAGAUAACGGGUGGUUCAACUGAGCGAAUCGUCGAUGCUGAUACCAAAUCAUCUGGUGUAGUCCUUCACAAGGACUCAAAGUGGGUUGCUGCAUGGGAGAAUUUUAAAGACACUAAUCAAUAUGUUCAAAAAUUCUUCGACUUGAAGGCAAGGUAUGAGGAAAGUGACCACUUUCUUGCACGCUCACUACGCUUUGUUACGGACAAAAUCACUGAGCUAGUUGGCAGUAGGGGUUCGGAGAACGACUUGCAAAAAGCUCUCGAGGAGAUCACCAAAAUUGAUCCAAAUUUUACCACGGAAAAGUUUAUUCGCUACUGCCGUGUCGAAGUCAUUCCCAAUGUUCUGGAGUCUAUCAUUCAUGGUCACUUGGAUGUGCUUAAGGACUGGUGCUACGAAGCCUCCUUCAAUGUCCUCUCCGCCCCAAUAAAGCAAACACGGGAGCUUGGCUUCCACAUGGAUUCGCGUAUCCUCGACGUCCACAAUAUUGAUGUUUGCAUGGGCAAGAUGAUGGAGCAGGGCCCGGUGCUGAUCAUCACAUUCCAAGCACAGCAGAUCCAGUGCAUUCGUGACACCCAAGGCGCUGUGAAGGAGGGUGACCCGGAGAAAGUGCUGCGAGUGACUCACGUGUGGGCUCUGUGUCGCGACCAGUCGGAGUUGAACCCUUGGAUGGCUUGGCGUGUUCUCGAUGUCGCAAUGAUGCCCACAGAACAGUGGGUGUAG